AUGGGUUCAUUUGCCGUCAAAGCACUCGACCAUGUCGUUCUCACAUGCCGAAAUAUCCCAAAGACUGUCGACUUUUAUACAAGCCGACUGGGCAUGAAGCACGAGAAGCUCACCGGCGGUGGAGUAGAAAGGCACGCCCUCCUCUUCGGCAACCAGAAGCUCAAUCUCCAUCAACUAGGCAAGGAAUUCGAGCCUAAAGCAAGCCAAGUUCAACCUGGUUCGGGCGACCUCUGCUUCAUCACCGACCACUCUAUCGACCAAGUGCUGUCCUCCUUCAAUACUGCAGGUAUCGAAGUCCUCGAGGGUGGCAAAGUUGUGGAUCGUACGGGGGCUGUUGGCAAAUUAAGGAGUGUGUACUGCCGUGAUCCAGACGGAAAUCUGGUUGAGUGA